UAUUAGGUUAGAAGUAAGAUCGCUGUUCGCCUAUUUCUUUGUUUUUUUUCGUCUUCUCAAAUACGAUCUUCUCUUUCGAGAGUUGUGAGAAUUUAGAGCUGAGAGAGAAUGGAUUCGGUUGUGGAUCCGUUGAGAGAUUUCGCUAAGGACAGCUAUCGCUUGGUGAAGAGGUGCCACAAACCUGACCGGAAAGAGUUUUCGAAGGUUGCAUUACGCACGGCCAUCGGUUUUGUCGUGAUGGGGUUUGUAGGAUUCUUUGUAAAGCUCAUCUUCAUCCCUAUCAACAACAUUAUCGUCGGAUCUGGCUAAAAAGAAGGUCCCAUAGGGGUGCAAUGUUCCAAGAGUUAUGGAGGUAGCCGAGCUGAGGAAACUUGUAGACAGAGAGAGAUUACAAUGUUUUAGAUCCUUUUUGAAUGCAUACACCUAAUAUAGAGACAGUUUGAAUGAUGAAUUUGCGGACCAGACAUGGAUCAUUUUUAUUCACCCUUUCUCAUGUUUUGGAGUUAGUUAUACAAAUCAUGUUAGGUAAUAUUUAUUAAAGUUUCCAUUCUAGUAUUGGUUUGAUUUCA